AGGAUUCACGCACAUUGGGGCACCUGUGGUGAAUGAAGCUGGUAGUGGCGCCCCGACACGCUGGGUGUGUCUUUCGGCAGGGACGCGCCCACCCACCCCGCUGCUUCUCCUCGCUGAUCACUAUUUGAGGAGGUGACCGAGCACUGAUUCCUUACCACACUUUUUGAUCCUCGCUGGAUGUUGCGUGACCUCUCUGACUCAGGAGGACGCGUCACGCACCCGAAUCGUGGAAUUACUUUGAAUUUAAAAAGACAACAUGCCUCGGUCGUUCCUCGUCAAGAAGUAUUUUUCCUGCAAGAAACCAUGCUACAGAGAUAGCCUCCUGGAGAGCCAAACCGCUUUUGUCCCGGAAAGCUUCCCACGAGCUGCUCUUCCAACCCGGAAGCACACCUCUGCCCACACCUGCUACCCCUCAGAUCCAUUCACAAUCCCCCUGCCUACACCCCUUUCCCCAAUCACCCCUACAUCUCUCCCUCCGUCGCCACUUGGGCCUCUGGACCUCAGCAGCUCCCCCUUCAGCAGCAGUGGCGAAGACGAAGAAGACAGCGGACGCUCCUCAGAUCCCCCAAGCCCGGAUUUCCUCCAACCCAUCUACCACUGCGUGUACUGCACUAAUAGCUAUAACACCAUCUCAGCGCUGUCACACCACCAGACGUCCCACCUUUGCGCUCCGUCGUUGCCCGUUGAGGCGUCUCGGCCAGCUUUCCAUUGCAAACACUGCCCUAAGGAGUACAACAGUCUGGGCGCCCUAAAGAUGCACAUCCGCUCCCACACGUUGCCGUGCGUGUGCCCCACCUGCGGCAAAGCCUUCUCCAGACCGUGGCUUCUGAGGGGACACAUCCGUACGCACACAGGUGAGCGUCCGUUCGCUUGUCAGCACUGUAACCGGGCCUUCGCAGACCGCUCCAACCUGCGCGCACACCUGCAGACACACUCCGAAGUGAAGAAGUACCAGUGUGGCUCCUGCUCGCGGACCUUCAGCCGCAUGUCUCUGCUGCACAAACACAACACAUCCGGAUGCAACAACUCCACCUCAUAGACAGAGCUGCAUUCCCAGGAGCCUCCCAUUGGUUUCCUUUGCACCUCAUGGACUUUUCUCCUACUAUUGAGUGCCUCUUUAAUGUCAGAACUUAUAGGUAAGAUUGGGGUCCACACCACAUUUUGCAAAAGGCUGCCAGCAGUGUCAGCAUGUAUGACAGCGGAGCAGCUGGACAUGCAGUUAAAUCCCAGGAAACUCCCGUUGGUGCCGGCCGGUCCGGGACUCUAGUCAUGCUGCAGCUGCUUGGGUGUGUUUUUGUGCGUAUGUGUGGAUGCCAUUCCUUUUUAUGCAUACACGAUGUGUGUUAAGACAGCUGACUACGAAGGUGGUUAACAGGUGACCUCCACUCACCCGUAUUCUUUUUGGCACCGGGUGGACUGACCACUCAAGCUUGACCAAAGGACCCAGUAUUUUUUCACCCAUAUUGUCCUGGUGUCUUAAAGGUGUGUGACUUAAUAUUUUGCCAUCAUGUUUUUAUGAGAUUUUACAUCGCCUUUUGUGAAUUUUCCUACUCCUCCAUAUGAUA